CUACCCUCUAGUAGUGUUUGUCAAGCCACCACAACAUUCGUUUGCCACAAAUAACUCAAACAAAAUGCCCAUUGCAGAAGUCGAGGCAGCUCUACGGAAAUUUAAAAAAGACGAAGCAACAAUUAACUGCAAACUCAAGACCAUCGACGAUUCCAGAGAACGAAUAGUUUUGAAAAAUUUCGAGAGUUUCUCCAGAAUUCAGAGUGUGCUGACUGAGGAAGAAGCGGUGAAGAGGAACAAGGCUCUUGUCAGCGAGUUGGAGACUGUUAAAGGAAACCUACGUUCCAAGGCCAUCUACAGUCCCUUGGAGAUGCAGUGGAAGAAAAUUUGUGAAAACUACAAAGCAGACCAGGCUUUGCCCGUUACUACGUGGAAAUGUGUUUCACCUGUGUUUGUGUGACUAAAUUAAAUGUUGUAGUGUUAUAAUAAUUAUUAUUUCUAUACAAUAUACAG